AAAAAGAUGUUUAGGCUGUUUCAGUUUCAGUGACAGGCGCGGUAAAUAAUGGAAGAUAGAAUGAUAGAAUCACAUCCAAGACUGACAUAUAGAAUAAAAAUGAACAUAACUACAAAUCAACAAAUGUGUAAAAUUGAAUCAAUUUACACGUUCUAGGCGACUUCUAUCAGCUUUGCUAACCACUGUUUCCCUCAGGUGUUGAGAUGUCGGCCGUGACGAGUAUGGAAGUGUCUCUGCUUUACUCACAUCAACCACUGUAGCGUAUUCAAUGUCAUAGCUGUUGGAAGCAGUUAUAACUGAGGACACAAUUAAUUUAUUUAUCAUGUGUGCAUCAUGCAAAUCAAAAUGUUAGUGUUUAAUUUUUCAUUAAACCCAAGUAAUGUACAUCAGAGUUUCCUAAUGCAAUUUGCUUCCACGAUAGACUUUUCUGUGAUCAGAAUAUUGGCUCAUUUAUUUGCUAUUAGAUAAUACUUGGUAUUUGCAUUAAAUAUCUAUUAGUGAAUGGCGUUUGUUUAUAAAUCAUUUAGACAAAAUAGAAUUGUGUAUGCUGUAAAAAGUUGUGUAUCAAGUAAAAUUUUAAAUGAUAAAUAUUAUUAACAUUGGUUUUCAUUUAGUUUAUAUUCCUUGCAAAAGUGAUGUAUUAUGAUUAAUUAUUUAUUAUAGAUUCAUAGUAUUGGCAAAAAUGUACACUUUUACACAUUGUGGCUAGGCUACAAGUAAAGAAGGAAAGAAAACUGUUCCCUGUGCAGCUAUACUUGUACAUGAGUGCCAUUGGAGGAACAAAAUGUUAACCCAAAGUGAAAACCCAUAUAAGUGUUCACUUUGUAGCUAUUCUUGUACUAGAAAUAGUAACUUGAAGAAACAUAUAUUAACUCACACAUGUGUAAAACCUUAUACAUGUUCAAUGUGUAGAUAUGCUACUUCUAGAAACAGUGCCUUGAAGAAACACAUGUUAACUCACACAGGCGAAAAGCCUUGUAAGUGCCCCCUCUGUAACUAUGCCUGUACUUCAAAUAGUAAUUUGAAGACUCAUAUAUUAACUCACACAGGUGAGAAACCGUAUAAGUGCUCCGUGUGUAGUUAUGCUUGUUCUAGAAGUGAUACCCUGAAGAGCCAUAUGGUAACUCACACAGGAGAAAAGGCAUAUAAGUGUUUCCAGUGCGACUGUGCUUUUACUACAAGGUGUAACUUGAGAAAACAUUUAUUAAUUCAUACAGGUGUUAAGCCUUAUAAAUGUAUUUUUUGUAGCUACGAUUGUAUAACAAGCGAUAUAUUGAAGAAGCAUACAUUAACACACACAGGAGAAAAACCGUAUAAGUGUUCACUUUGUAGCUAUUCUUGUACUAGAAAUAGUAACUUGAAGAAACACAUGUUAACUCACACAGGCGAAAAGCCUUGUAAGUGCCCCCUCUGUAACUAUGCCUGUACUUCAAAUGGCCACUUGAAGAAACAUAUGUUAACUCACACAGGCGAAAAGCCUUGUAAGUGCCCCCUCUGUAACUACGCCUGUACUUCAAAUAGUAAUUUGAAGACUCAUAUAUUAACUCACACAGGUGAGAAACCGUAUAAGUGCUCCGUGUGUAGUUAUGCUAGUUCUAGAAGUGGUACCCUGAAGAGCCAUAUGUUAACUCACACAAGAGAAAAGGCAUAUAAGUGUUUCCAGUGCGACUGUUCUUUUACUACAAGUUGUAACUUGAGAAAACAUUUAUUAAUUCAUACAGGUGAUAAGCCUUAUAAAUGUUGUUUUUGUAGCUACGAUUGUAUAACAAGCGAUAUGUUGAAGAGGCAUACAUUAACACACACAGGAGAAUAACCGUAUAAGUGUCCCCUGUGCAGCUAUGCUUCUGCACAAAAUUAUGACAUGAAGAAACAUAUAUUUAAACACACAGGUGAAAAACCUUUCACUUGUUCCCUGUGCAACUAUGCUUGUACUGAAAGUGGCUCAUUGAAGAGACAUUUGUUAAAACACACAGGUGAAAAACCUUUUACUUGUUCCCUGUGCAAUUAUGUUUGCACUGAAAGUGGUACAUUGAAGAGACAUUUGUUAAAACACAAAAAUGAAAAACUAUGUAAGUGAUGUUGUGAAUAUAUCCAUGUAUUACAAAUUAUACAUUAAUUAACAUGCACAGAUGAGAAAUUUUAAAAGAAUUUUGUGAGUGGAGGUAUGUUUUUACUACAAUUGAAGAACACAGGUGAAAAAACUUUAGUGUUUUCUCUUUUGCACUCAAAAGGGGACCUUGUAGAAACAUAAUAACUAAUUCUCAAGAAAAAUAAUUUAUUGUUUAGCUACCUUUGUACUGGAAAUGACCAUUUGAAAAUAAAUCCUAACCCAUAUGGGCUGAAACCUUUAUAAUGUUUCCUUUUUAUUUAUAUUUGUACUGAAAUUUAAAAAUUAAAGGUAUCAAUAUGCAGGAAAUAAUCUUGUGUUCUUAAUGCCAAUGUAGCUACGUGUGUCCUGUAAGUUAAAUUAAAAGGCAAAUUAAUUAUCUUUUACUCAAAAUGGUACGAUAAUUUAUGUUACUCAAUAAACUAAAAUACUAUCUA